AAGUUUAAUUAUUUGAAGUGAUUGGCUUAGUUAUAAGAGUAACUAUUUAAUCUACUUUUAAAUACUCAUUGUCGAAGUACCUAUACCAAUAGCGCGGCAUGUCCUCUAUUCCAUCAGAGUUCCUGUUUCCUGUUGGCAUCUUAACAGCUAGCUUGUUAACGCUACGUCGCUACAAAAUCCAGAAAUGGGGCUGGGUUACUGAUAGAUACUCCCUCAAGGGAAAAUUGUUUAUAAUAACGGGAGCAAAUACUGGACUGGGCUACGAGACGACUAAAGCGCUGACUGCUCGACAAGCAACAACCAUUAUGGCAUGCAGAAACAUGUCUAAAGCCUAUGAGGCCAUUCGUCGCAUUAGAGAGGAAACCAGCGAAGGACAACUAAUACCGAUGGAAUUGGAUUUGGCAUCCUUCGCGUCUAUACACACUUUUGCGACGGAAAUUAAAACUAAAUAUCCAAAUAUAUUUUGUUUGGUUAAUAAUGCUGGUUUAGCCGCACAAACUCCCCAGUUCACUAAAGAAGGAUUCGAAAUACAUUUUGGCGUAAAUCAUUUAGGUCAGUUCCUACUAGUUGACUUAUUGAAAGAUAAUUUGAUUGCGAAUAGUUCUCGUGUUGUUAUCGUUUCCUCGCGUAUGCAUGAGAUUGAUGCUAGCAUAGACCUGAUGAAUCUUGGCAAAUGGGUGCAAUACGAAAGUCGACUAAAUCGACUCUAUAACAAUUCCAAGUUGAUGAACUUUUAUUUUGCUCGAGAACUUUACAAGAGAGGCUUCAACGUACAUGUACUUUGCCCAGGGCUGUGUCACACGGACUUCUUUCGACAUUAUGACCCGAAAUGGUACCACUAUCUACUAUUUUCACCGAUUGUGUGGCUAAUGCUGCGGUCAGCCGAACAGGGUGCUCAAAACAUCAUUUAUUGUGCAACAGAUAGCACUGUCGACAAGAGGCACAAUCCUGCUACUGGAUACUUUGUGUCGAACAUGAAGAUGAGAAAAUCAAAGUUUCUCUUUGACGAGGAAAUUUCCAGGCAGCUGUGGGGAGAAAGCGUUAAAUCGACUGAAGCGAGCAAGCUUCGAAGCUGAUGUUAAUACAUCAAAAAUGUUAAUAAAUGGUGAUGAGUUAGGAAAUUUAACAAUACUAUAAUACAAAAGUAAAGGACCUUACUGGUGAUGGGAUAGAGGACAUGGCCGGCAUUUCUAAUUUGAACGCGAUACUAUACCAUAUAACCGAACCAUUCGUAUAACCGGUACUAUUCUAUCGUACUUACAUAUGUACAUAUGUGCUAAUCAAGCUAGUAUAUCCAAAUAUCUAGCCAACAACAAAUCUACUAACAAUUCCCUACUAACGUUCUCUAGCAAUAAAUUAUAUGUAUAGCGGAAAGUUUUUUAUUAUUUUUACACAACAUCGCAAUCAAUAGGUAGGUAUACUACAAUCGUUUUAGGGAGAAUAUGUUAGAAUUAUUAUAAUUUGGAACUAUUAAGGUUCAUUCAUCUAAGCUGAAAUGGUCGAAUCCACCUCACACGCUCAUUUUGCGCAUGUUUUCAAGUAGAAUUCGAAAAAUUAUAUAUAUCGGAUGAUUGUAGAAUUAGUUUUUGCCUACAAUAUUGGUGAAUUAAGUAUGCAUUGGUUUAUCAUUUGUAUUUACAGUUUUAACUUCUCUGUUGUAAAUAUUUUUUUUACAUAUUUGGUAUAUUUUGAUCAAAAA